AUGCAUACUUGUUUAGCCUUUUUCAUCAUUGGUUUUCUUGUUUCGACAACAAAUGGAUUCUACAGUUCAAGUGAUGAUGUUAUUGAACUUGAUUCAUCUAAUUUUGAUCGUCUUGUCAUGCAAAGUUCAGAUUUAUGGUUUGUAGAAUUUUAUGCACCAUGGUGUGGUCAUUGUCAAAAUUUAGCACCCGAAUGGAAACGUGUUGCAACAGCAUUAAAAGGUAUUGUUAAAAUUGGUGCUGUUGAUGCUGAUACACAUAAAUCACUCGGUCAACAAUAUGGAAUAUCAGGAUUUCCAACAAUAAAAAUAUUUGGAAGUAAUAAACGAUCUCCAACAAAUUAUCAAGGUGGACGAACAGCUGAUGCUAUCGUUGAACAAGCUCUUAGUCAAUUAAGAACGAUUGCAAAUGAACGUUUGGGUAAACAAACUGGAGGUAGUAGUGGUGGAAGUAGCAGCAGCGGAAGUGGAGAAAAAGACACAAUUGAAUUAACAGAUAGUAAUUUUGAUUCAAUAGUUAUCGAUUCGGAAGAUAUGUGGCUUGUUGAAUUCAUGGCUCCAUGGUGUGGCCAUUGCAAGAAUUUAGCACCCGAAUGGGCUCGUGCUGCAACGGAGCUUAAAGGCAAAGUAAAAUUAGGUGUAGUUGAUGCAACUGUUCAUACACAAUUAGCACAACGAUAUGGAAUCCAAGGUUUUCCAACAAUAAAAUUUUUUCCAUCUGGUAGAAAAGAUGGUCAAGCUGAAGAAUACGAUGGUGGACGCACAUCAAGUGAUAUUGUUGCAUGGGCAUUAGAUAAAUUUCAAGCAAAUGUUCCAGCACCGGAUGUUCUUGAAAUAACAAAUCAAGCUAUUUUAGAUGAUAAUUGUGCAGAAAAACAAUUAUGUAUAAUAUCAUUUUUACCGAAUAUUCUUGAUUGUCAAUCAGCAUGUCGUAAUGAACAUUUAACAAUGUUAAAAAAUUUUGCUGAAAAUUAUAAACGUAAUCGUUGGGGUUGGUUAUGGGUUGAAGCAUUUCGUCAACAAAAACUUGAAGAUUCAGUUGGUAUUGGAGGUUUUGGUUAUCCAGCACAAGUUGCUAUUAAUGCACGCAAAGGAAAAUAUGUUGUCUUAAAAGGUGCAUUCAGUCAAACGGGUAUAAGUUCAUUUUUAAAAGAAUUAUCGGCUGGUCGUUUAACCAGUCCACUUGUACCAUUAAAUGGUGUAGCUGAAGGAAAAUUGCCAACUAUUAUUGAUAGUGAACCAUGGGAUGGUCAAGAUGGAACAUUAGAUAUUGUUGAAGACAUUGAUCUUAGUGACAUCAAUUUGGAUGAUGAUGAUAGUGAUAAAAUGAAAAAAGUUGAUUUAUAA